AUGCAUUUCAGUCCUAGCCCUCCCACAGGCCUUGCGGUUUCCCGCGCAUCUCCCAUCUCCAUCCCCUUUGGCCCCCUGUUGGACGUGGUUCACAUCAAUGGCCCGGCCCGUCUGGAGUAUAGCGAGCAAGCGAGCGAGAGCGAGAGAUGCAAAUCAUACACCCCAAACCCCGUCGGGCGGAACUUGAAGGGCAACGCAAUCGCUUGCCAGCUCGCUGCCUGGCUUGCUCCAAGUGCUCAGGGACGUCAGGUACACUGCCAAAGUCUGCGUAGUAGUGUGCCGCCAGUGCCGCUGCAAACGACGCGAAAGAUGACGACGACGGAGAACCCGCUGUGUGGACAAUCCGAUGGUGACAGCCAGGCCGGUCGGCACGGCCGGCCGGCGGCGGCAUCGGUUGUGGAUGGCGCGUUUGGCAAACUGCUUCUGCGGAUGGCAGUGACAGCUCGGCGUGCGGAGCUGCAUGCGGGUGACGUCGAGACAACCGCCAGGAGGGGGGGCGCCGGCGGCAGCGCAUGCGAAUCUGAAGCCGGGCUGCUGUUGUUGCUGUUGCAGUGCUGUGCGGGCAGAGAGGGAUAA